AAGAUGAGAGCAAAGGGAGGCCUGAAACGGCACGGAGACCCGAAAGUAAAGAGGAACGGGAAAAAGCAUGGAAAGAUGAGAGCAAAGGGAGGCCUGAAACGGCACGGAGACCCGAAAGUAAAGAGGAACGGGAAAAAGCAUGGAAAGAUGAGAGCAAAGGGAGGCCUGAAAUGGCACGGAGACCCAAGAGUAAAGAGGAAUGGGGAAAAACCCAGAGAGCUGAUAUUAAAGACUGGCCUGAAAAAGAACGAAUACCUGAAAGCAAAGCGAGACCUUUCAGUAAAGAGAUACGUGACAUAGCUGAGAUAAAAGAAAAAGCUGCGAAAAUACAUAUUCCUGAAAAAACACCAAAAAUUAGUGGAAUAGAGACACUUGAAAGCAAAAGGAUAUCUGAGCGUUUCCAGGUACCUGGGAAAACACAAAAGACUGAUAGAACGCCGAUAUCUGAAAGAAUACAGAUUUCUGAAGAUAAACAGAUACCUGAUUAUUAUCAGAUUCCUGGAAAAACAAAGGAAGCCAGAAAAAUACAGUUUCUUGAAGAUAAACAGGUAUCUGAUAAAAUACAAAUUCAUGCAAAAACACCAAGAACUGGUAAAAUACACAGUGAUUAUUUUCAAGUACCUGAGAGAUCGCAGAAAUCAAUGACAAUCCAGAUUCCGGAAGAUAAACAGAUAUUUGAGAGAAUACGAACUCCUGAAAAACAACCGAAAACUUGGAAAACAAAGCUACCUGGGUUUAAAAGGAUAUCUAAGUUUUUCCAGAAACGUCGGGAAGUACAGAUUUCAGAAGAUAAAGAGAUAUCUGAAGAAAUGUCCGAGGAGGCACCGAAAGCGGAGGCUAAGCAGGCAGCUGAGGAUUUAUCUAAAUAUUUUCAUCUAUCUGAGUAUGGACUGAUACCUAAGACAAGAAUAACUGGAUUUCCUAAGGAUCGCGUGAGGUUUGAAGACGAACUCAUUUCUAUUUAUCGGCCAUUAAGUGAUCCACCAAUUAUGAAAUACAUAAAACAACAAUUGAAACUGCGUGAACCGUUUUUAGAUGACUUUUUGACGUUACCAAAAGGCCUAAUCCACCCUUCUAAAGCGGCUAGUAAGACAGUGAACGCAGGAAAAAACCGCGACAAAUCUAUACUUCCAUAUGACCAUUCUCGCAUAAUUCUGCGUCCAGAUGAGAUAUCAUAUUCAGAUUACAUUAAUGCAUCCUAUUUAGACAAUCGGAAGUACAUAAUAACUCAAGGGUCUCUGAAAGAAACCAUUGUAGAUUUUUGGAGAAUGAUAUGGCAACAAGAAUGUACAAUGAUUAUCAUGUUUCCAGAAUAUGAAGAAAAAGGAAAGAUAAAAAAUAUUCAGUACUGGCCAAAUGUCAAAGAAACAGUGGAGUAUGGUUUAAUGAAAAUUAAAGCCAUUAGUAUGGAUAGAAACGCAAUCUACGAAAAGAGAACAUUCCACAUCUUCAAGAAAGAACUGGAGAAAACUGAAGGCUGGGAAAUUAAUCAUUUCACUUUCUUGAAAUGGCCAGAACGAGGCGUACCUAUCGACCCAGAAUACAUUCUAGAUUUUCGGAAUGCUGUUACAAACAUUUUCAAUAAGAAACUACCAAUUGUUGUGCAAAGCAGUAAUGGAGUGGGACGAAGUGGAAUAUACGUGUGUAUUGAUACAUUGCUAAGUAUGGAUUUCAAGAGGAAAACAUUUGAUCCAAUGGUAACAAUCCAAGGAUUUCGUGAUGAUAGGGCCUUCAUUAUUGAAAACAGGUCCCAGCUAGAAUUUAUUUAUCGGGCAUUAGCUGAAGGUAUUAUUACCGAACGCUUCACUAUCAAGCAAAGUGAAAUCGAGAGCCAAUAUGAGGGAUUAAAGAAGCAAAACAAUGUGACGAGAAUAUCAAAUUUUGAGGGGCAAUUUCAGGACCUUAUAAGAUCAAUCAAACCUUUCACUAUUGAAGAAUGUCGAAAAAGUAUCCAGUCGAGCCGUGACGCUACCACAACAUUAAAUAUAUUGUCCGAAGAUACGGUUUUCCUUGAUGGUUACAGGAUGUCAAAUGAACUGAUUUUAAUGAAAACACCUAAACAUGACAUGACUGAGGAAUUUUUCGAUAUUAUUUUCCAAACCCAAUGUCCAGUAAUUGUUGCUUUUACGAAUUCAUCUCAGGAUACACUUGUCUAUCUUCCAAGCAAAGUCAACUCCAAAAUUAUUAUUGGAAAAUUUAUCGUAGAGUUGUUAACAAGCCUAGAUUUGAAGGACAUGUAUGUGCACAGAGUCUUAAAAUUAUCUUUCAAAGAAAGGAAAAAUGCCGCAGAACUUAUAAUAAAUCACUUUCAAGCGAUAAUAUGGCCAGACAAAUCCUACCCGUCUCCUGAUAAGAUAGCGUCAUUUAUCGCCUUCUUAAACAGUGGACAACAAGAUCAGAAAUACCAGAAAAUCGCAGUACAUGGCAGUGAUGGAAUGAAAAAAAGUGGUUUAUUUUGUGUACUGUACAAUCUUGUAAACAAAAUGUCAAACGAUACCUUCAUAAAUAUUGUCAGACUUAUACGAUUACAGAAGAAAAGGAGUCCCCACAUCGUAGCUGAUUAUAAAUCGUAUCAAUAUUGCUGGGAAGUUGCGAAUUAUUACUACAAGACAUUUUCCCUUUAUUCCAAGUACUGAAAUUAAUAAAUAUUUGGCAAUACUGCACUUUGAAUAUGCGAAGUAUACAGUACAUGGGAGAAAGUUUAAGCCCGGAUGAACAAUAUUUGUAUGCUAUAAAUAUUACAUAUAACCGUACUAUAUGAUGAUCCCUAUUGUUUGGUAAUAUAUGACACUCCUAGCAGAAUGACUGUUCAAUAUGAGCCCAAUCUGAAAACAUCACUGAUUCAAGCCACUAAAAUGGGUUGUUUCGGAACAAAUUCUUAAACACCUAAACCAAUAUUAUACUUGAAACCUAUUUAUAAUCAUUGAACAUGUUAUAAGCAUUAAAUAAACAUUCAUGCACAGGAAAAAAUUGUUAACACGUUAAUUACACUGGGAGUCAUUCAGUAGCGUCUACGAAUGACCUGUAUAAAAUUUUGAAGCAAAAUACACACAAAACUAUACGUAUGCAAUGUA